UCUCAGCUCUGCGGCCUCCUCUCUCACAUCUCCGCAGGCUUGGCGACGCCAUGUUUCAAGGGCAGCGCGGUUGGUUUUGCGGCAGCGUUAGCCAGGAUCUGAGGCAAUUCUGGGUGGCUGAAGGGGGAACGAUCAGUGACCCGCGAGCCGCCGACUUCUUGUUCAGCUGUGAUGCCUCGCACCCAGACACGCUGAGAAUAUAUCAGAGCCUUGAUUACAUAGAAGAUAAUGCUACAGUUUUUCAUGCCUACUAUCUCUCUGCAGUAGCUAAUGCCGAAAUAAAAAACUCGGUGGCUUUGGGUCAUUUCAUUCUUCCUCCUGCGUGCCUGCAAAAAGAAAUAAGAAGAAAAAUUGGUAGUUUUAUUUGGGAACAAGACCAACAUUUUCUGACAGAAAAGCAUGAUGAAGUAACACCAAAUGAAAUAAAGACCCUUAGGGAAAACAGUGAACUAGCAACGGAGCACAAAAAAGAAUUAUCUGAAAGCCCAGAAAAGCAUCUUAUAAGAACUCCAGUUGUAGAAAAGCAGAUGUACUUCCCUCUACAGAAUUACCCAGUUAACAACAUGGUAACAGGUUAUAUAUCAAUUGAUGCCAUGAAGAAAUUCCUUGGGGAGCUACAUGACUUCAUUCCUGGAACCUCAGGAUAUUUGGCAUAUCAUGUUCAAAAUGAAAUUAAUAUGUCUGCUAUAAAAAACAAAUUGAAGAGGAAAUAGUAAAUUAAAUUGUAAAUAUCUUGGCAUUUUCUAUAAAAUAUUAUACAGAUGUGCAUAGCAUAAAAUGCUUCCUUUUGGUACUGGGGGAUAGUGAAAUGGGAAAUAAUUUUUCUGUUUCUCAAAGUAUAUCUUUAGGAAAUACAGAAUCAUUUUGGUUCUGUGUUUUGACAUUUUUUCCCCUAGCUUUUAACAAUAUGUUCAAAUAUUCUCAAUGCACAGCUGUUAAUGAGUAAUUGCCGUUAAAAUAUAUUUCAUAAGAAGUCUCAAUCUCAAACUCUCCAUCUCUCAAUCCUCCUCCUCCUCCUCUUUCUCUCUUUCUCUUUCUUGCUUUCUCUUUUCUCUCUCUCUUUCUCUCCUCCCCUUCUCUCUCUCUUUCUGUCUUUCAAGUGUUCUUUUGGCUUUAACAUUCUAUUAAUUAUAUUUUUUCCAGAUUUAAUACUGUGAAUGCUAAGUUUUAUUAAUCUGGUCAUCUUAUUUUGAUUUUAAAAAUUAGGAUGCUAGUUGAAUUCUGAAUUACUCUUUCUGGUUUGAAACAUGGAGAAAAACAUUUUAAUAAUUCAUAUUUCAUGUUGGAUGGUUUCUGAUAAUAAAUAUCUCAAAAGUGACUUAACAUAAACAGACUAUGAGUGUUAUGUCUUGUUAGAUGAACCUGCAAGUCACCUUAGAAUCACAGUUCUAGAAAGGAACUUAAAGAACGAGUCCAGUUCACUUACUGUUUUUAAUGAGGAAAUAAGGACCUUGAGAAAAUGUCUUACUUAGGGGGACUAACUGAGGGCCAAAACAGAAUUGGAACACAACCCUCUUGAUUUUCUAGGCAAGUGCUUCCCCACUCUCCCAAAUAGCAUAUGCUGUAGCUUCUGUGCCAGGUACAAUACAACUGCAGAUCCGCAAAGCAGACCCAGAAACAAGCCAACAUGCUUGUCUUUUAAAUAAG